ACGACCACGACCGGCAUGGUGGCGCGGCGCGACGGCAGUGGUGUUGCGUGAGGCCGCGACCACGACGACCUGCUCCUCGCGCACCUCACCUCCGCGACGUCGCCCCUAGGAUAACAUCGCCCCUUGACAAAGAUGGUGCGCGUGGCUGCCUUGCUGCUGGCGGCGGGCUGCCUGUCGUGCCUGGCCGGGCCGUCGUCGGCGAGGUGCCUGCGCGGGUCGCGGGGCGUGGCGGUGGCGGGGCGGGGCCCCAACCGGAGGGUGGCGCGCCAGGCGCCAGCCAGCCCCAAGUACGAUGCGGCCUUCAUCACACAGUACCUGGCCACCACCUACGAGCGGGACGCCAGCGCCGCCUGCAACCACGCCAUCACCGCCGAGUGGGAGUACAUCACGGACCUCACCAACAGCACCAAGGAGGCCAUCUACAAUGAAGCGAGCCUGUCGCUGGCCGCCUUCGAGAAGGAGCAGUGGGACGAGUACUUCCAGAACCUGGACCCGGAGGAGUACGAGGACCCCGUCGUGCGGCGCCAGGUCGAGUUCCUGCUGUCGCUGGGCGUGUCCGCGCUGGACGAGCAGGAGCUCAAGGACCUCAACACGUACGAGCUGCGCAUGCAGAACGUGUACAGCACCGCCAAGAUCUGCCCGUACCGCAAGCAGCGCUGCGACCUGGGCAAGGAGGGCUACGAGCUGGACCCCGAGAUCGAGAGCGUGAUGGCCAAGAGCCGCGACUACGACGAGCUGGCGUACACGUGGAAGGCGUGGCACGACGCCUCGGGGAAGCACAUGCGCCAGGACUACAAGAACUACGUGGCGCUGCAGAACAAGGCCGCCGUCGCCAACGACUUCGAGAACAUGGGUCACAUGUGGCAGGCGGGCUUCGAGACGGACUACUUCUACGAGGACAUGCAGGACCUGUGGGACCAGGUGUUCCCGCUGUACGAGGCCCUGCACACGUUCGUGCGCCGCCGGCUGCGGGCCUUCUACGGCGACAAGAUGGGCGAGGAGGACGGCCUCAUCCCCGCCCACAUCCUGGGCAACAUGUGGGGCCAGUCCUGGAUCAACGUGUACGACCUCGUGGAGCCCUUCCCGAACGCGUCGUCGUACGACGUCACCAAGGCCCUCAUGGAGCAGGGAUACAACCCGCUGAGGAUGUUCCGCAAGUCCGACGAGUUCUACACGUCCAUGGGGCUGCAGUCCAGCAACAUGUCCUACGGGCCCAAGGCGGUCAUCGAGAAGCCCCGGGGCCGCGAGAUCAUCUGCCACGGCUCGGCCUGGGACUUCUGUGACAGGAAGGAUUUCAGGAUAAAGAUGUGCACGAAGGUGAACCAGGACGACUUCAGGACCAUCCACCACGAGAUGGGCCACAUUCAGUAUUACCUGCAGUACAAGAACCAGCCCUACAUGUUGCGUAGCGGGGCCAACCCAGGCUUCCACGAGGCCAUCGGAGACACCAUCGCGCUGUCCGUGGACAACCCCAAGCACCUCAAGGCCAUCGGGCUGCUCAAGAACUACGAAGACUCGGACGAGAGCAGCAUCAACGCGCUCAUGAAGAUGGCCCUGGAGAAGGUGGCGUUCCUGCCGUUCGGGCUGCUGGUGGACAUGUGGCGGUGGGACGUGUUCGCCGGCAACGUGACGGAGAGCGAGUGGAACCGGCACUGGUGGCUCCUGAGGGAGGACAUCCAGGGCCUCCGCGCGCCCGUCAGCCGCUCCGAGGAGGACUUCGACCCCGGCGCCAAGUUCCACGUGCCCGGCAGUUACCAGUACAUUUCGUACUUCGUUGCGGACAUCCUGCAGUUCCAGCUGUACAGGGCGCUGUGCAUCGAGGCGGGCGAGUACCGGCCCGACGACCCCACCAGCCCGCCGCUGCACAAGUGCGACUUCUACAACUCCAAGGAAGCUGGCGCUAAAUUCAGCAAGGGCAUGGCGCUGGGGGCGUCGGUGCACUGGAGCGAGGCCCUGGAGACGCUGACGGGGGAGACCGAGCUGAACGCCACCGCUCUGCUGGAGUACUUCGAGCCCCUCCACCGGUUCCUGAGGGAGGCCAACGGCGACCUGGAGGCCGAGGCGUCGCCCGUCUCCGAGGACGACGCGAGCAGUGCCGCCACCACCGCCACAACGACCGCCGCCACCCUCGCACUGCUACUGCUCUCGAUACUUAAUCGUUACCUUUAGUAAAGUGAUAUUUUCUUUUUUUGUUAAA